GGCGUGUGUGUGUGUUCCGGCGUGUGUGUGUGUGUUCCGGUGUGUGUGUGUGUGCGUGUGUGUGCGCGCGCUCUCUCUCGACUGCUCCCUCCAUAACCGGUGAGCUCUCUUUGUUGGACAUCAUGAAACUCUCCCCGGUUUUCCGCCGCGCGUGCUCACGAGCCGUGCCUCCACAGAGAGGGUUCAUCCCCCGGAGCAGCUCGGUACCGGGGAACAGGACGGGGUUCUGGUUGGCGGUUCGGCACGCGGCGUCCAGCAGCAUCGGCGGUACCGGAGCCUCGGAACUUUCACCGGCUCUCAGCUUUCACACACCGCGCGAGACAACCGGCGGCGGGUCCGCGAGAGAAAACAUCAGCCGGGAGAUCAUCCAGAGGAGCAGAGAGGAGCUCGCUGCCGUAGUGAAAACACACGCAGGUAUCAAACCCACCCUGGCCAUCAUACAGGCAGGUGAAGAUGACGCUUUACUGGACAUCAAUAAGAAGAUGGCGGGAAAGGUCGGCCUGAAUGUGAUGCAGAUCUGUCUGCCGAGCCACUGCACACAGGAGGAGGUCACGGAGGAGGUGCUGAGGCUGAACGAAGAUCCGAACGUUCAUGGUGUGUUCCUGUGUCUUCCUCCUUCGCUCCUCUCCCGCAGAGUGCUCAACUCCAUCAAACCUGAGAAAGAUGUGGACGGGGUUUCAGACCUGAAUGUGGGCCGUCUGGUGUCAGGAGCUCUGUCUGAAGGCUUUCUCUCUCCUGUAAUAGGAGCAGUGCUGGAGCUGCUGGCCAGACACGAUGCUCCUCUGGCUGGGAAGAAGGCGGUGCUGGUGGGACUGAACGGGCCGCUGAACGCGAUCCUCCAGCAUCUGCUGCAGAACGAGGGUGUGGAGGUGCAGACGAGCCACUGGAGCUCAGACAGGCUGCAGAAACAGGUGAAGCAGGCUGAUGUGGUUGUAGUGAUGGGAGCCGAUUACACGACACUCCCAAACACGUGCUUCAAACCUGGAGUGACUCCCAUUAACUGUGGCCCUGCAUUAACACCAGCGUUCUCAGCUCAUGGGAAGAAGCUGGAGGCUGAAUCCUGGCCGGAUGUUGGACCCAUAAGUGCAGCUCUCAGGAUGCAGAACGUGGUGAGGAGCAGCAGGAGGUGGGUGGAAGGACAGCAGUAUCAGCCUUGGACUCUCUGCCCCCUGAAGCUCCAGCCUCUGUGUCCUGUGCCCAGUGACAUAGAGAUCUCCCGAGCUCAGACUCCGAAGCCUAUAGUGCAGCUGGCGGAGGAAAUCGGCUUGUUGCCGGAGGAGCUGGAGGCGUACGGCCGCUCCAAAGCCAAGGUUCAGCUCUCAGUACUCAAACGCCUGCAGCAGCAACCUAACGGCAAAUAUGUCCUCGUGGCAGGCAUCACUCCGACUCCUCUAGGUGAAGGGAAGAGCACAGUGACGAUCGGUCUGGUCCAGGCUCUCUCGGCUCAUCUCAAACUCAACUCCUUCGCCUGCCUCAGACAGCCGUCUCAGGGUCCUACAUUCGGAGUUAAAGGUGGAGCAGCAGGUGGAGGAUAUGCUCAGGUCAUCCCUAUGGAGGAGUUUAAUCUCCACUUGACCGGUGACAUUCACGCCAUAACAGCAGCGAAUAACCUGGUGGCAGCAGCCAUCGAUGCCCGAAUCCUGCACGAAGCCACCCAGUCUGAUAAGGCCCUGUAUAACAGACUCGUACCGUCAGUUAAUGGAGUGAGACGCUUCUCUGCCAUCCAGCUGGGGCGACUGAAGCGACUUGGAAUCAACAAAUCCGACCCCAACACCCUCACACCUGAGGAGGUCAAUGCCUUCGUUCGGCUCGACCUUGACCCUGCGAAGGUCACUUGGCAGAGAGUGGUGGACACCAACGAUCGUUUCCUGAGGAAGAUCACGGUCGGCCAGGCGAACACGGAGAAAGGCCACAGCCGGCAGACUCAGUUUGACAUCGCGGUGGCGAGUGAGAUCAUGGCGAUUCUGGCUCUGACUGACGGUCUGGCUGAUAUGAAGAGCCGUCUGGGCCGCAUGGUGGUGGGCAGCAGCAGGAGCGGGCAGCCAGUAACAGCUGAUGAUCUCGGUGUAACUGGAGCUCUGGCUGUUCUGAUGAAAGAUGCCAUCAAACCCACCCUGAUGCAGACGCUCGAGGGAACGCCGGUGUUUGUGCAUGCCGGACCGUUCGCCAACAUCGCCCACGGAAACUCGUCAGUGCUGGCGGACCAACUGGCUCUCAAACUGGUCGGAGAGGACGGCUAUGUGGUGACGGAGGCAGGUUUCGGAGCAGACAUCGGCAUGGAGAAGUUCUUCAACAUUAAAUGCCGUGCCUCCGGACUGAAGCCUGACGUCGUGGUGUUGGUCGCCACCAUCAGGGCUCUGAAGAUGCACGGAGGAGGUCCGAAUGUAACAGCAGGAGUGCCUCUCCCAAAAGAAUACACUGAGGAGAAUCUAAAAUUGGUCUCCGAAGGUUGCAGCAAUCUGAAGAAACAGAUCCAGAUCGCGCGUCUGUUUGGAGUUCCCGUGGUGGUGGCUCUCAACACCUUUAAGACUGACACGGAGGCCGAGAUGGAGCUGGUGUGUCGUAUAGCUGAGGCUUCAGGGGCAUCAGCGGCCUUGCCGUGUCAUCACUGGGGGCGGGGCGGACGCGGCGCCAUGGAGCUGGCACACGCCGUGAAGGAAGCGGCAGCACAGAAGAGCGAUUUCCACUUCCUGUACAGCCUUCAGACCCCCAUCGUGGAGAAAAUCCGCACUAUCGCACAGAAGGUUUAUGGAGCUGAUGACAUCGAGUUAUCGUCUGAAGCACAAGCUAAAAUUGACUAUUACACACAACAGGGCUUUGACACUCUACCCAUAUGCAUGGCCAAAACCCACCUGUCUCUCUCUCACAUGCCUGAGAAAAAGGGCGUGCCCACUGGCUUCAUCCUGCCAAUCAGAGACGUCCGUGCCAGCAUAGGGGCGGGGUUUAUUUAUCCACUGGUUGGAACAAUGAGCACCAUGCCAGGUCUUCCUACACGACCCUGUUUCUAUGACAUCGAUCUUGACCCCGUAACCGAGGAGAUAUCGGGGCUCUUUUAACAAUCCACACACUCACACACACUCUCAACAGCUGUGUCAGGUUGAUGGUGAUGGUUCGAGUGACCUGGAGCAAACGUACCCUGUCUUUAGGGCUAACAGAGGACCAAAUGUUCCUUCAGAUGCAUCUGCACAUCAUCUGUAAUUUUUUUAAUGCAUUAUUUACAAGUUUCAUUAUACAGAGAUUGCAAAGACACGGAGAACUCUAGUUUCUUUUUUUUUAAUCCUGUUUUCUUUUAGAAACUAAUUUCAUGCUUAGAUUUCACACUUCAAUGCAGUUACUUUUUUCCGGGUUUAUCAUUUUUACACCUUUUUAUUUUUCAUCCAUUUUUAAUGCAUUAUUUACAAGAAUUUGUUUGAAGAGAGAUUGCAAAGAAUUUCAGACAGGGAAAUCUCUCUGCAAUCUUGGUUGCAGUUCUUUAGUUUAGAAACUAAAAUCGAGUUGAGUUCAGAUUUCACCCUCGAAUGAGGUUUAUUUGACCAGGUUUUGUGUUUUAAAUCCAGUUUACACAGUUGGCCAGAUUUUAUGGCUUUGGGGAGAAAAAGAACUUGAGUUCCUGUCUGAAUGUAAUCUAAGCUGGUUUUGGAUUGGUUACAUUUCAUUUUUUAUUCAGCCUUUACAUUUAUUUAUUUAUAAUUCUGAUGUACACUCUACAGCUUCUAACACUGCUGUCAUUCCGCAACUGCUGUCAUUACGUCUGUGCCAGGACAUGCUUUUGCAUGUCUUGUAAUAAAUUUCCAAUAAUCA